CAUCUGCAAUGAACAAAAUGUUCAUAUGGUUGAGUGCAUGGUAUGAUGCGGAAGGGUAGUGCAGUGUAUUGCUGAUUCUGAAGACGAAACACGAAGAAAAUGGGGAGAGGUAUUGAAAAUCAGAACCCGGUUUUGGAUGUCAUUAUGGAUGAUUUGCCAAAUCACCCUCAGUGCCCACAUGGUCCAAUGCUGCUAUUUGCACAAAAGAACAGGAAGUUCUAUGCUUGUUCCGCAUGCAGAGAUAGAAAGUUGUGUCCGUAUUUCAUUCAGCAUGGGACUGAAGUUAGUGCGGCACAUCUUUUAUCUUGCGCUGCUGAACGAGAAAAAUUGGAACCUGCAAGCAAUAUUGAUAUUUUGCGUCAGAAAGUUGUUAAAUUGCUAAAGAAGAAAAAGAAAGUGGAUUACUGUCAUUCUUGUGAAUGUUUUGUACUUGGUACUGAGGAACAGGGUCACCGUCAUCAUGAAGUUACGGCCAACAUAACCUUUCACCAUUUUACACACCCAUCUGAGCUACUGAAACCUUCAGAGAGGGACAAAAAAGAGGCUCAGUACCUGUUUUCCUCCAGUGCAGUAUCAGUAAUAUUGAAUUUAGCACAGAAAAAUAAUUUGAGGAAACUGCUCUGUAUUGGGUCACCACGGGUACACGAGUAUGUAAACAGUUCUGAAUACCGGAACAUGCACAGUCUACUUCUUGACAUAGACACUAGAUAUCAUUGCUUUUACAGUCGAGAUAAAUUCUGCUGGUACAAUUCAUUUAACAACUACUUCUUUGACUCUUCUUGCUUGGAAGAAGUACUGAAACCUUUCUUACUAACAGACGCCAAUGAUGGCAUUUUAUUGGUUCUUGACCCACCUUUUGGAGGCAGAAUGGAGCCUUUGGCGUACUCUAUCAAUGAGAUGCGCAGACUGCAUCAGGAAGUUAAUGAGCACCUGCAAAACCCUUCAUUUAAAGUUGUCUGGGUAUGUCCAUAUUUCAUGGAACCAUACAUACUUGAUGUCUGUCCAAAGUUGCGCAUGUUGGACUACAAAGUUUAUUAUGAGAACCACCCUCUGUUCUCUCAAGGUUCUAAAAUUAUGAAGAAGGGGUCACCUGUACGGAUUUUCACUGACAUUCCACUAGAGAAAUGUGAAUUACCAGCAGAAGAAGGAUACCGUUUCUGCCCCGUAUGUAGACAGUGGUCUAGUCAGGAGAACAAGCAUUGCACUUAUUGCAACAAGUGUACAUCAAAGAAUGGGACAACUUAUGAGCAUUGCUUUAAGUGCAACAGAUGUGUGAAACCUUCUUGGAAGCACUGUGACACAUGUGGACGCUGUUGCCUUACUAAUCACAAAUGUGGAACUUUCAUUCCUUCUGGUGUUUGUUUCCACUGUGGUGGUGAAGGACACAGGAAAGGCAACUGUCCACAGAAAGAGAAACUUGCUACAAAAAGAAAAAAAAGAAAAAUGAAGCAUCAUCCAAAGGAGACACCUGAAGUUAGUGUAAAUACAAAUGAAAAGAAAACUAAAGUACAAAAUAAAAGGAAAAGAUUGUAACAUUUCUAUACUGUAUUUCAAUUUAAUUUGUAAAUAAAGAGCUUUGUACAUA